AUGUCUGCAGAGGGCUCCUCGACACCUCUCAGUGCAGAUCUUUCGUCUUCUUUUCGCCCCAAAAAGAAAAGGACCAAUGUUGGAAAGGCAUGCGAGCCAUGUCGAAGAAGGAGGUGUAAAUGCGACGGAAUCAAGCCAUCUUGCACCACAUGUGCCGUCUAUAAGGAUGAGUGCUACUGGGAGCCUAGAGAAGACUACAGGAAACCCUUAUCGCGCCAACAGGUACAAGCUCUGACAACUAGAGUGCAAGAUCUCGAAAGACUACUUCGAGAGCACGGUCUUGACCCAGGAACGGCUGGGAAUACUGAACGGGCAGGGUCUGAGGAUGAAGGAGGAGAGCAUAGAAACAAUGUCGAGCCUGAAUCAUCCGGAGAUAUGAGAGAAUGGUCGCAGGAUCACCUGGUGGAGGGAGAAACUGGUGAACUGCAAGUUCAUGGUCCCACUUCCGCUUUCCGUCAUCUAAGUAAAUACAAUCACGAAGGGUCCAGAGAUUUGAACCAUGAAAUGUCACCGGAAUCCCCUGAAAGCCUUCCGUUCGGUUACUCUCGGUAUCUCCCUCAAGACGUCUAUCUCAAUGAAGUUCAGCAUGACCAGGCUAUUGAUCGCUUCUUCACAUUUUAUGCCUGCUGGGACAUGCGAACAGCAUUGCAUACCGAUAGUCCUGUUAAAACUGCUCAUUACUCCCCAAUGCUUCAUAAUGCUAUCCUCGCCAUAGCUCUCGGAUUUAGCGAGUGGCCAUAUCUUCGGGCAUCCGACACAAGGAAGAUAUUUGCUAAGAAAGCCAAAGAUUUCAUCGAUUAUGAGGGAAUGAAUCCGGCGGUGGCAACUGUACAAGCAUUUGCACACCUGGCAUCGUAUCAUAGCUUAGCAGCAGAGCAUAAUCUUGUGGGCCUCAACAUGGAUGAUACACGGUUAUUGAGGAAAGGGAAUGUCACGGCAGUGCAAGCUAGAGAAGAGGGAUUAUGGGCUCCAUAUAUUGGACGAUCUAUUUCUUUGCCAGAGUUCACGGCUUUACCUCCCACCAUUGACGACGAGCUCGAUAAUCAUAUAUGGAACCCCGAGGACCCUCCCACUGGUACAGACUGUCCAUUGAGACCUCAGCCUGGAAUGAUCAGCACAACCUUUGUGCACACUGUCAAGUUGAUGAGGAUAGGAGAGAGGAUCAUGAACACAUUCACAUGGCUGGAGUCACUUCCGCCGGCUUUGACUUUUCAUAAUCACGCUCCCAAGAAUGGAUUGCCUCAUAUCCUCAUGCUCCAUCUUUCACAAGCUUGGCUUGUCAUACUGCUUCAUCGACCUUUCUAUCGGCCCCUUGCCGGUCUGCCGUCCGGGUCUAGCUCGGACGGUGCGAUUCCACCAGGGUCGUCAACAGCUGCGUGGGCAGUCAAGCAAUGUGAUCGAGCGGCUUUGCAGGUGAUCACGCUGCUGCAGAUCUGGCACCGACUGCACAAUCUCCGAUUUUGUCCUCCAACCGCCAUCCAAUGUUGCUUUAUCGCUGGAACUACUCAUUUGUUGUCGCUAGCCAGCUCUCAAGCACCAAAGAAACAAACCGAGGCACUGGGCCGGGCGCAAGAAUGUAUACGGCUGAUGAAGCUGAUGGCAGUUUCUUGGCCAGCGGCUCGUGGUCAGCAAGUUUUGCUGGAGAAUUUGUUGUCUGAAUAUGGCUUGUCCUUAGGCUCUCAGCGUCUGACUGAGCAGAUAGAGAAGAUCAGUCUUGCGAAAGAGGAGCCUCCUUUCGAUUUCAUUCCACACACUACACAGAAUCUUGCUACAAGGGUCAAUGAAUCACCUAUGACUAUUCAAGAUCCCCCUCAAGUCCAAAAUACACAACACGCAUAUCAACAGAACUAUCCUAAUCCCAUAAAUAUUCCCUCCACUCCGUUGGGUAUGACGCUUGCUCCGUCAACAGGAGUGAUCAACGAACUCAACGCGUGGAUGAGUAGUAGCGGGAGUCAAACUGCGUAUCCCAUCGAUGCUCUCUCUUCCAGCUUCGAAGCCUCGUCUCAACCGUCCAUGUUGGACGGCUUUAUGCCAAAUCAAGGUGUAAACCCCGCUACGAAUCAUCAUACUCAUACAGCUUGGAAUCCCAAUGGCUUUGAAUUAGACCGGGAGACUCAAGCACUGCUGGACAACAUAUUGAGACCUCACUUGGAUGUGGAAGAUCCAUUGCAGUAUGAAUUUGGAAGUGGGUUCUAG